AUGGCACAGGCCCCCGCGAACCCCUUCGCUGCAGCCCCGUCCAGCGAUGCGUUCCAGCUCCUCCCCGAAUCCAGGAAGGCGGGCGCUGCCGAAGACGACCUGUAUGAGGCACAGAUCAAGGAAGUCGAGACAUGGUGGCGGUCACCCAGAUACGAGGGCAUCAAGCGCCCCUACAGUGCCGCCGAUGUUGUCUCCAAGCGUGGUUCCCAGCAGCAGUUCUACCCCAGCUCUGUCAUGGCGAGAAAGCUCUUCAACCUGGUGCAAGAGCGCAUCGCUGAGGGCAAGCCCAUUCACACAAUGGGUGCUAUCGAUCCCGUCCAGAUGACCCAGCAAGCGCCGCACCAAGAGGUCCUCUACAUCUCCGGCUGGGCCUGCUCAUCCCUCCUCACAUCCACCAACGAGGUGUCCCCCGACUUCGGCGACUACCCCUACAACACCGUACCGAACCAGGUCCAGCGCCUGGCCAAGGCCCAGUCAAUGCACGACCGCAAGCAAUGGGAUGCCAGACGGAAGCUCACACCGGAGCAGCGCGCCAACACUCCCUACACAGACUACCUGCGGCCCAUCGUCGCCGACGGUGACACCGGGCACGGAGGUCUUUCCGCCGUGCUCAAGCUCGCCAAGCUCUUCGCUGAGAACGGCGCUGCGGCGGUACACUUUGAGGACCAGCUGCACGGCGGCAAGAAGUGCGGCCAUCUCGCCGGCAAGGUCCUCGUGCCUACCGGAGAGCACAUCAACCGCCUCAACGCGGCCCGCUUCCAAUGGGACGUCAUGGGAUGCGAGAACCUCGUCCUCGCCAGGACAGACUCGGAGAGCGGCAAGCUCAUCAGCAGCGCCAUCGACGUCCGCGACCACGAGUUCAUCCUUGGAGUCGCCGACCCGCAGCUCGAGCCCCUGGCCGAGACCAUCCAGGCCAUGGAGGCCAAGGGCGCGGCAGGCGCCGAGAUUGACUCGUUCGAGGCCAACUGGGUCAAGUCUACCAAGCUUGUGACGUUUGACGAGGCUGCCGUCGCGCACAUGCAGAAGGAGGGUGUCUCCCAGGCCAAGAUCGACUCCUACCUCGAGGCCACGAGCAAGAACCGCGACAUGGGCAUCUCCCAGCGCCGCAAGCUCGCCAACCAGCACACAAAGACCCCCGUCUACUUCUCGUGGGACAUCCCCCGCACCCGCGAGGGCUUCUACCACUUCCGCGCCGGCAUGGAGGCCGCCACGAAGCGCGCCAUUGCCUUCGGCCCCUACGCCGACCUCUUGUGGGUCGAGACGGGCGAUCCGAACGUCGAGGUUGCGUCGAAGCUGGCCAGGGCCGUACGAAAGGUCCUCCCCGGCAAGGGCCUCGUGUACAACCUCAGCCCGUCGUUCAACUGGAUGGCGCACGGCUUCACGGACGAGACGCUCAAGAGCUUCAUCUGGGAUAUCGCCAAGGAGGGCUUCGUGCUGCAGCUAAUCUCCCUGGCGGGCCUGCACUCCAACGCCACCAUCACCAACGAGCUGGCGCGGGAGUUCAAGACGGACGGCAUGUUGGCGUACGUCAACCUUGUGCAGAGGCGCGAGAAGGAGGGCGGCUGCGACGUGUUGACGCACCAGAAGUGGAGCGGCGCCAGCUACAUUGACGGCAUCCUCGGGGCUAUCCAGAGCGGAAGCUCGAGCAGCAAGAGCAUGGGCGAGGGCAACACCGAGAGCCAGUUCCACUGA